AACGACUCCCUGUUGUUAUAAGGUUGCUCUUUUUAAGGAUACAAUAAGCAUUCAACGGAAACAUGUCGAGCGAUCCAUUUCAAAAGCCGCAAAGAGAUUAUACCGAAACAUUGAAUGAACAGUUCACCCAAAUUGACGAGUUGAUCAAGACAGACUAUAAAAGUGCCUUGGACAAGCUUCUUUUGUUGGAGAAACAAACAAGACAAGCCUCUGAUGGAGUUUCUUCGAAAAGGAUUAUGGUGAAACUUACCGAUCUCUUGGUUUACGCCAAGGACUGGGAGUUGUUAAAUGAACAAAUCACCCUGCUAUCAAAGAAGCAUGGUCAAUUAAAAGAAUCUAUCCAAACUUUGAUACAGGAAGUCAUCAAAAAUUUGAACGCAAUUAAGGACCUUGAUACAAAAAUGAAAAUAAUUGAAACAAUCAGAAUAGUGACUGAAAACAAGAUUUUUGUAGAAAUUGAGAGAGCAAGAGUUACAAAGAUUUUGAGUGAUAUUCUAUUGAAUGAGAAGCAUGAUUUAGAUAAAGCGUGCGAGGUUUUAUCAGAGUUGCAAGUUGAGACAUAUGCUUCCAUGGAUAUAGAGGACAAAAUUGAGUUCAUUCUUGACCAGAUGAAGUUGAACAAUUUGAAGGGCGACUUUCAGUUCUCUAAAAUUCUAUCAAGAAAGAUUUUAAUUAGGACUUUAGAAAAGUUUGCUGAUCUUAAGUUGAGAUACUAUCAAUUGAUUACAGAGAUUGCACUUUUUGAAGAUGAUUAUGAAAACAUAGUCAAAUACAAUCUGAAUAUAUAUAACAUUCCGAAAAUACAAGGUGAUUUGAAAAACGCGAUUAAGUACUUGAAACAGGUUGCCGCAUACAUAGUCUUAACUCCGUAUUCUAACUCUCAAAAUGAUCUUAUAUCAAGAGUUGCAGUAGAUAAGAACUUGUCAAAGUUGCCAGUAGAGCAGGAAUUAGUCAAAGUGUUUACAACAAAGGAGUUGAUCAGCUGGAAGAAGUUUGAGGAAGUAAUUGUUGCUAAGCUCUUGUAUGAAAACAUUUUUGACGAGAAUACCGAGAAGGGCAAACUACAUCUCAAAGAUUUGAAAAAAAGGGUGACUGAACUCAACUUGAGAGUGAUCUCCAUCUAUUACUCUAGUAUCAAAUUGGAGAGGUUAUGUCAUUUAUUGGAGUUGAAUCAACUAGAAACCGAAGGCUUCAUAAUUGAUUUGGUUAACAAAGGUGAUUUGUUUGCAAAAAUUAACAGGCCUUUCAAAGUUGUCAACUUCAUAAAGCCAAAGACUGAGAAUGAGUUGCUGAACGAUUGGAGUGGAAGCAUCGAUAAACUACUGGAAAGCAUAGAAACAGUCGAGCAUUUAAUCAACAAAGAAGAAAUGAUUCAUGCUUCUACGAACUGAAUAUCAGUCGACUGAUUCACAUUAAUCUUGACUGCUUAAUGUCCUUGUUUUAUAAAUUAAAACUAAUGCAGUAAAUUGAUCUUGAUCCCAAAAAAAAGUUAAGUAAAGAUUCUACUCAAAAUUUUAUUAUAAACAUAAGCCUCGUGAAAAUAAUCAGGUUACAAUCAAUCAUUCAUUGUAAUUGGGCUUGUCGCUGUAGUUAUUAUGGUCCAUAUUAACGGGGGAUAUGUCAGUUCGGCUAAUGUAUAACUCUUUCUCUUGCUCUUUGCGUCGACGAGCACCUUCAACCAAGUUAUUCCAUCUUUCUUUCAAUUUCACAAUUUCAUUCUCCAUGUGAACCUUUUCUCUUUCUAGGUCAGAGAUACGCUGCUGUAACUCUCCUACCAUAGUAAGCACAGA